CUUCUGAGAGACGCGACCAGUUCUAGCCUUCCCGGUCUGACGGUGAGAAUGGUCACUCUGUUGGUUGCUGUCCUGACCAUCGUGCUGGUCACUACCUCCACGCCAACCUGCCGCCGCUCCGAGUUCCCCUGCAAUAACGGUCGCUGUGUGCCUCUCAACCGUUACUGUGACGCGGCUAAUGAUUGUGGGGAUUCAUCGGAUGAACCUCGCUUCUGUACACCCUGCAACCGCACCUACUACGGAGACGUCGGCAAGACCUACGAGCUGGAGCUGCAUCGACCUCGUGAGGACCGCAUGCCGUUCGUGUGCCACCUCACCUUCCAGGCGGCGGGGGGUGACAUGGGGGACCUCGUCCAG